GAUACGUUGCUCUUCAGGCGAUUCGAAAAUCGAAAUAGCACUGAAAGCAGCUCCCACCUCCAAGUACAUCCAGCACCAUGUCCGAUUUCGACUCCAAGUACGUCACUACCAAUAACCGGCCAGGUGCACCGCAGUAUGAUGAUGCAUUCGUCAAUUCGUUGAAAGAAGAUAUGCUAUCGGAGGCACCAGACCUAGCGCUAAUAGCCGACGCGGUCCUGUCAUCUUGCGCUAUUGGGGCGCAUCGAGCGGAUUUCGUGCCACGAUUGCUUGAUGCCGCACUCCAGACCAUUCACCAAGAUAUCGAGAAAUCAAAGGUGUGCUUUGAGCAGUUCAGGGCCGUGGUCAUGAUAUGCUGGCCAUUCAUUGGCAUUCCAUGGUGUGUCCCGGCCUGUUUGGGCAUGGUAAAUGUCCUAGAAAAGUAUAACCUGCUUUCAAUUGCGUACGGUCGCGCCCAGCCUCCGUUGAGCGAUGCACACAUCGCCAUGGGCCAGGAGCUUCAACAGCGCACCUACGCAAAUGUGCAGAAUUCCGAAGUGCAAGCCAUGCUCCAGAACUGUUUUGCAGACUUUACAUUAACGACUUGGGGGGUCGUGUUCGGCUAUUCGCUUGCAGAGACGACGAAUAGAGGCAUUUUCGAAGCCCACCAGUCGCAGUUGAUUCUUGCCGCGUCCAUUGCCUCAAGCGGAGCGACAAGGCAAGCGAGGUCGCAUAUGACAGGUGCAUUGGGCCUCGGGCUUUCAGUGGCUGCAGCCAAGGCUAUAUUGAAGGCUGCGAAGAGACUAAAUGAGUGGAACGGUGUCGAAAUCAGCGACAUUGAUGCCGGAGAAUUGAAUCGACAAAUGGAAGCAGCCCAAGCUGCAAAGUAACGAGAUAGAUAAACAAUCCUAUAAGAACUUUGUUCUUGAACCUUAAAAAUCUGUACUG